AUGGUUGAGCCAAUCCGCCGCACCCGCGCCAAAAAUGCAACUGCUCACCCUGGUCAAAUCGUGCUGGACGCCCAACAGAAAUGCCAGACGCCCAAAGUGAAGGCAGCUGAUGAGAAGCGUCUCCAAGCUGCUCAAGAAGCCAAAGAAGCGCUGGCUGUGGCGGGGCUUAACCGGCUUGCAGAACUGCAGGCCAACAUGGAAGAAGCCCAGGCGACAACGACAAAGCCCAAGGCUGUCAGGCCACGUCCUUUACCUAAGAAGCAGCGAGGUACUGCCAGUGCAAGCAAUGAAGACGAAUCUGCCGUUGUUAGCGGCAUCACUACAAGGGCACAACUGCCAGUGGGAGAGGCAAUGGAGGAUGCUGACGAAGAUCUCCUGGCAGGUGAUGAUGAUUCAGGUGACGAUGGGAGGAAAAAGAAAGAACGGAAGAAUGCACGGUCGCUAAGCAAUGCCAUAGUCAAAGCUCGCAAGAACUUACCAAGCACUGCAAAGGCUGAUAGUUGUUAUCAGCCACGUGUGAACGAGAAAGGCAACUCCUUACCGGCCAAGUCAACUUUGGGUGGCCGCAUUCAGAACUGGAGAAAGGAUGUCUACUAUGAGCCAACGACCACAAGCAAUUCACUCACUAGCGCAAGUCAAGUUCCUCCAUCUACCAUAUUUUCAAAGUCUCAGAUAUCGCAUGACUCAACCGGUACUUCUCUAAGCUCAAAUCCUUGUGAGCCUCGACUGCCUAGCUCCAAGAAUUUGCCUAAGAUGCCUGAACUUACACACUUGGAUGAGCUUGUUGGAGGAUUUGGAGAUGAGGAUCUUGAUGAUUCAUUUGAGCAUGCUGUUGCAUUGCAUAAUCAUGGCAAAGUAUCCACCAUCGAAAUUACAUCCCAUGACACUGAUCCAGACCUCGUGCCGCCACCUCUUGCUCAACGACAAUCUCAAGACGAUCUCUUGACUCUGCAAGAGGAGAUUGAUGAUAUCGUGUAUGAACCAGCUUCUGAUGAUGAGGAAGCCAUGCAGGUCGACGAAAUAGAGGAUGUGGUGAAGAAGCCUAUUGCAGUCAAGACGCAGCAAGCUAACACCGUGAAAGUUUCACGUACUACAGCCACGACAUCCGUCGGUACUGUGUCUCGCUGUGACAACAAAGUUCCCCCCUCAAAGAAAGCAAAGACGACACACGUGAAGUCUGAACAUUCAGUGUCUACUGCUGGGCCUAAGGGGGAUGGCAAUUGGGUGGAACUAGUGUCAAAGGCACAUUCAACAUACCUGAACACCGAUCUUCCUCCAGGUUGCCACGAAGAUGGAAAAUGGGCCAGGCAGUUUUUACCAACAGUCUUUCUCUGGCUCGGCGCUCAGGACGAACUUUGGGCAAUUACUGAUGCGAAACUUCUUCAUGCAUGUCAGGAAAUUUUCAAGGUUAUCUACCCAAACAUUCGGUACAAGGUUGUAACAUCUGGUUCAGUCACUCAGCGGGUCAGCGAAUGGCGCAGCAACUUUGGAUCGACUGCGCUCGCUAUGGUGAUUGAUUUUCUAAAUUCAAACAGAGACACUUCUCCGCAAACACUUGCAAAACUCUUCCUCAAUGAAUUUGCAUUUCUGUACCCUGAUCCUGAGAAUAUCGACAAGGCUGAAACCUUCCGCUCUGCCUUUGUGCAAGAGCUGCUCACUACUGCGCAUCUUGCCCGGAUUGUUGGGCAUGCUGAUGUUCCCACUCUUGAUACCGAUGCUCUAGCAGACAGUGGCAUCACCGGCAGCCCUUGGAUUCUCGAACAUGCUUUCACCCUUGUUGCCGACAACACCAUUGUUGUUGAUAAUCCCGAGGCACCUGUUGCAGGACGAAAGGCUCGUUUAAAGACACCAAAGUCCUUCAACAAAGUAACCGGAAAGGAAACGGCCACUGAGCAUGCAUUCUCGAUUGCCAAGUGGGGCCCAAAAACUGCUUCAUUCAUUUGA